AAAAUAAAAAAAAACAUCUCGUGUGAUUUGAAACGAGAUUGUUUUAGUUUAGUUCUUUGCGUUGGUGUUUUAUUUAUUGCUAAUCAGGGAGUUUUGUUUAUUUUUUGUUUUUGUUUCUUCUUUUUUUGGUUCAGGUACAAAGAAAUCAUAUAGUUCCAACUCCGUGGAAAACAUGUCUACAUCCAAAGCCAUGGUGGGGAGAGAUUUGAAAACCCUAGAAGAACACUUCUUUAAUAAUGUCGACUCCGUUUCUCCUGGUUUAUGGAAAUCAUACAGCUCUCUAGUAGCCAGAGGAGCCCCUGGUGCUGCAGAUCCUGUUGCUUGCCAGAGGGUGUACACUCCAAAAUAUGUUAAGUCUUAUUCUCCGGACUGGUUUGGGUUUACAGUUCCAGGUGAUUCUGGGAACCUGUUAACAGGUGAGAUGAUGCCUCCUAGUGGACAAUGGACUAUGUUCACAGUGCCCGACCCAGAGUAUUUUCAUUUGGACGUUGAAUACAAAGUAGAUCCUUUUACAGCUGACCUUAUUGCCAACUGCCCACCGCCCCUUAAGAAGUCUAGCAGCGAGUGCCAUGCGGACUCUCCUGAGCCUUGUCGUAUUUGCUACAAUACUCAUGGCUUCAGUCAGUGUCCUUACGUAUGCUCUUCUUACCCUCGUGGGGCGGACUUUAACCGGGAAUACUUCGAGAUAGCCUGUCCUUGUUGUGUGGGUUACUCUUCCUUUGAUGUCGACAAAUGGGUUUGUAACGCAUGUGGCAGGAAGAUAGCAGCGCUCGCCCGAAAGUACUGUAUUAUUUGCCGCAGCUUUACAAAGCACUGCACCUAUGAAUGCCCUAAAGAUGAGGCUUUAGCUGCCCAACAUAAUCUUCUUCGGUACAAACCAAAGGCUUCCCCGUAUGUACCAGAGUCUUCCCUGAAUGACUCUUGAGCUGAGUUGUCUUAUGUCCUUGGACUUGUGGGUUUUCUCGGUUCAUAAAAACGGUCGCGUGCAAGAGAAGAGGCAGUCUUUUCAAUACUCUGCUAUUUUAAAUCAAAUGCUGUAGUUAUUUCUUUCUUUGAUUUGGGUAAUGUGACUUCCCUAAGGUAACACCUUUUCAGUGCUUGUGAAAUUGGUACCUGAGAUUGUUGUUUUUAAGGUGUUUGUAGCCUCUUGGAUUUACAUUUUGCUUUCGUAUAUAUCUACUGUUUGUCUAGUGCUUGGUAUUACAAGUUGUCUUAGUAGACUGUUGUGUAUGUGUCAAAAGUUUCUUGCUUUCAGAAGUGGGAAUUUGGUGGAUGACACAUGGUGUGCAUUGUGAAAGGCUCACUGCCCUUGACUAGUUUGGUGUUGGAAUUGCAUAUUUUUUGUCUUGUAUACCUGCUUUGAAACCAGGUCAGAAGUCUGAGGAAAGCAAGUUUGACAAUUUUUUCUCGCAAGUAGUUUGGGGAUUUUGGAAUGUUGAGAGUGAUGGCUUGGCCAUCUCUUUUGAUAUGUGUAAUCUCUCUUAGCUGUAGACAUUGAAACCUUCUCACUCUAGCUUUGUUGCUUG